AUGCAGAAUUCUUUCGAUACUAAUGAAAAAACAUUAUCUUGUAAUGCUACUUGUGAAGAAUUUCCUCACAUUGAAAAUGAAAAAGAAAUUGCCUGCAAUUCCAUUGAGGAAUAUUUUCAAAACAAAGAUUCUAUUUCCAAGAAGCUUAAAUCUUAUACAUGUGAAGUAUGUAAUAAGUUAUUUACGUCUGUAGAGGGUUUAAAAAGGCAUUGUUCUACUCACACAAAUGAGAAGCCCUUUUUGUGUGAUAUAUGUGGUAAAGCCUUUUCUCAUAAAAGCAAGUUAAAUAUACAUCACAAUGUGCAUACAAAGGAAAAACAAUUCAAGUGUGAUGAGUGUGGCAAAGGUUUUUCUCAUAAAACUGGUUUGCAUGAACAUUUUGUGAGUAUACAUACCAAUACAUCAUAUAUGUGUGAUGUUUGUGACAAAAGUUUUUCACUGAAAAGUAACUUAAAAAGACACAAGAUAAUGCAUACAGGCGUGAAGUCUUUCAUUUGUAAUAUUUGUGAAAAGUCAUUUUCUUGUCGGAAUUAUUUGCAUAGACAUUAUCGCACCCACACUGGGGAAAAACCUUAUGCCUGUGAUUUUUGUGACAAAACAUUUUUUGACAGACCUGGUUUAAAUAGACAUCGUUAUGUCCAUAUGAAUGAAAGACCACAUACAUGCAAUGUAUGUGGUAAAGGCUUUAUUCAGAAAAGAGACCUAACUGAACACCUGAAUUCUCAUACAAACGAAAGACCUUUUAAAUGUGUUACCUGUGAUAAAGCAUUUGCUAAUAAGGGUAGUUUACAUAAACAUGUUCAUACUCAUUUAGAUGUAAAAUAUUAUACUUGUGAUGUUUGCGAUAAAGGCUUUCUACAAAGAAGCAAAUUAGAUAAGCAUUAUCUUAUUCAUACAAAUCCUUUCUCUUGUAAGAUGUGUGAAAAGUCAUUUUCAUGCAAAGAUUCUUUGUAUGAACAUUACCGAACUCACUCAGUUGAAAAACCUUACAUAUGUGAUGUAUGUGACAGAGCAUUUUCAGACAAAUAUAAUUUAAAACGACAUUAUUAUGUUCAUACAAAAGAAAAACCACAUAUGUGUGAUAUAUGUGGUAAAAGUUUUAUUCAGAAAAGAGACCUGACUGAACACCAGUAUUCUCAUACAAAUGAAAAGCCAUAUCAAUGUGAUACAUGCAAUAAAGGAUUUGCAAGUAAAGUUCGUUUACAGGAACACAGUCAAAUUCAUGCCGAUGUGAAACCUUACAUAUGUGAUGUCUGUAAUAAAGGGUUUGCUCAAAGAAAAAUAUUAAAUAAGCAUUACUGCAUGCAUACCAAACCUUUUUCAUGUAAUGUCUGUGAUAAAACUUUUUCACAAAAAAUUCUUUUGCAAAAGCAUUAUAAAACUCAUACAAAUGAAUAA